AAAAAAAAUUUCUGCUCUGCCUGUCAAGUUGCUGGCACCACCCACUAUCCAUCCCUCCCCGACCUCUCAAACCCAGACUGCGGGGGUCUUUGCAAGGAACCUCCUGCUGAAGCUUGGGAGUAACAGGCUGAAGAAGAUGGUGACACAUCGUCUGGCACACUGUCCCCAGGACAUGGUGACCUUCCCUGACGUGGCCGUGAACUUUACCCCAGAAGAAUGGACGUGCCUGGAUGCCUCUCAGAGGAAGCUCUACAGGGACGUGAUGCUGGAGACCUACCAGCACCUGCAGGCCAUCGGGCAUUCUGGGGUGAAGCCUGCAGUGAUCUCCUGGUUGGAAGAAAGAGCCCUGAAGCUGGGAAGGAGAGGUGUGUGUGCAGAACACGAAUCAGAGCUUCAGAACUUGUCAUUGCAGCCAUUUGAUUUGGGAACUGGCUCGCCAAAUAGGUGUGAGAAGGGAAGCAGCCAGCCCUGGUGGAAUGUCUCUGAUCCUGCGCAGUGUGACAAAAUCUUGAGUGAGCCAUCGUGCCCUCAGACCCAUGGCAAUGCUGAGACAGGCGGGAUGUCCUCUGAAGGUGAUCAGAAUGAAGAGAGCGACCUCACUCUGCAAAAGCCCUCCCCUGAGGAAAACUCCUCAGAGUCUACUGCCCUCAGUCCACAAACACAACUUCCCCUAUUCAGGUGGCCCCUGGACUGUGGGAGAGGAGCACUGUUUAUAGUGAGUCCCUCAUGCCAACAAGCCCACAAGCAAAGUCACCAUGGACUGACCCCGUCCCAGUGUGAGGAAUGUGAGGGAGCCUUCCCGUGUUCUCAGCACCAUGAUGUUCCCUUAGAAACCCACAGUGGACAGAACCCCCAGGAAUGUCAGCAGCGAGAACAAACUUUGGGUCAAACAGCAAGUCAAACUUUGAGGCUUGACCAUAUGAACAUAAACGCUGGAGAGAAGCCUUAUGUAUGUAAAGACUGUGGGAAGGCCUUUGAUCGGUCUUCCAACCUUAUUAUCCAUAGGAGAAUUCAUACUGGAGAGAAACCGUAUGCAUGUGAGGAAUGUGGGAAGGCCUUUACUCGACCUUCAAGCCUUACCAUACAUAGGAAAAUCCAUUCUGGAGAGAAACCUUAUGUGUGUAAGCAAUGUGGGAAGGCCUUCGCUUACUCCUCACAUCUCAUUAUCCAUAGGAGAAUUCAUACUGGAGAGAAACCUUUUAUAUGCAAGGAAUGUGGGGAGGCCUUCACUUAUUCCUCAAAACUUAUAAUACAUAGGAAAAUGCAUACUGGAGAGAAACCUUAUAUAUGUAAAGAUUGUGGGAAGGCCUUUGUGUACUCCUCCAAACUUCUUAUGCAUAGGAGAAUUCAUACUGGAGAGAAACCGUACGCGUGUCAGGAGUGCGGGAAGGCCUUCACUCGCUCCUCCAACCUCACUGAGCACAUGAGACUUCACUUAGGCGAGUAUCCUGUUGCCUAUCAGGAAUUUGCUUUGGCAUCCCCUCUUUCUAAACUUGGGCAGUUGCGUCCCGGACAGAACCCUUUUGUAUGUCAGGACUGUGGGAAGGUCUUUGUUUUUCCUUCAUCCCUUUCCAGACACAGGCGAAUUCACACCGGGGAAAGACCAUAUGGAUGUCAGGAAUGCGGGAAAGCCUUUCGGGAGAAAUCCUCCCUUUCCAAACAUAAGCGGAUUCACACAGGGGAGAGGCCUUAUGUCUGUGAGGAAUGUGGGAAGACCUUCACUCGCUCCUCACACCUUUCUAUCCAUAGGACAGUUCACACGGGCCUGAGACCCUAUGCCUGUCAGGAAUGUGGGAAAGCCUUCACGCAUGCAUCAGCCCUGACUGCACACAGGAGAAUGCACACAGGAGAGAAACCUUAUGUGUGUCAGGAAUGCGGGAAGGCCUUCACUAAGCCCUCUUCCCUUACUCACCACAUCAGGAUUCACACCGGUGAGAAACCCUACAUAUGUCAAGACUGUGGGAAGGCCUUUAUCUCAUCGUCAUCCCUGUCUAAACACAGGAGAAACCACACGGGAGAGAGCCCCUAUAUCUGUGAGGCAUGUGGGAAGGCCUUUGCCUCCUACUCAUACCUUGCCCAGCACAAACGACUUCACACCGAAGAGAACCCUUAUGUCUGUCAGGAGUGUGGGAAAGUCUUCUCGGCGUCCUCCAACCUUACCCAACAUAGGAGAGUUCACACCGGCGAGAAACCUUUCACAUGUCAGGACUGCGGGAAGGCCUUCACAAGGUCCUUUUACCUCUCAAGACAUAGGAGCAUUCAUACUCGAGAGAAACUCAAUGUCUGUCAGGAAUGUGGGAAGGUCUUUACUUCCCCCUUAUACUUCUUGGAACACCAGAGGAUGCACACGGGAGAGAGCCCCAACAUGUGUGAGGUGUGCGGGAAGGCCUUUGCUACGUCCUCCUACCUUACUCAGCAUAGGAGACUUCACACUGGAGAGAAACCUUAUGCAUGUCAGGAGUGUGGCGAGGCCUUUAUCGCCCCCACGGUCCUCACUCGACAUAUGAUGGUUCACAGUGGAGAGAAACCAUACGCAUGUGAGGAAUGUGGGAAGGCCUUCACCCGAUCCUCAAACCUUACCGAACACAUGCGAAUUCACAGGGGCGAGAAACCUUACGGAUGUCAGGAAUGUGGGAAAACCUUCACGCAUCAUUCAGUCCUGAACAGGCAUCGGCAAAUCCACUCUGGUCUGAAACCCCACAUGUGUCCAGAAUGUGGGAAGACCUUUAGUAGGGCCUCAAGACUGACUGAGCACAGGAGAGUUCAUACAAAGUACGAAGCACUAGUUGUCUAA